UUUUUUUGUACAUAAUGAACAACAAAUUUAGAAUUUGAAUUCAGCAGUCGAAUUAGUGCGAAAAAAAAAGAGACAGAAUAAGGCGUUUGUUUUCUUUUUCUUUCUCUCUUUUUUCUUUUGCUGUUUUAUUUAAAUUUAGACUCUAGAAGGUAUGGGAGAACAGUUACACGACGAGCAACAGUCUUUUCAAGUGUUGAAAAGCAAGUGGGCACAACAGGCGAUCCCUCGACAGGAACAGCCAAAUAGCACUAGUGCAAGUAGUGUUGUAUCACCACCACCUAUUCCACCUAAACCUGUGCUUUAUAAUAACAAACAAGACGACGCCGAGCAAAGAGAAAUGGAUAGAGAAACAGCAGCUAAACGAGUUUCGCUUUUGACACAACAGUUUGAAGGUGUUGGCGUAACACCCGGAAAUUUCUCAAAUACUUCGCCCCCACCAACAUAUCAUACAAACCCCAAACAAAAUGAAGAAGACGAGGAUCCUUUUGAUGAAUCAAGUGAUGGAGAUAGCGAUAUGGAAGAGGAGGAGUAUGAAAAGGAAGAGGAAGAAGAUGAAGCAAAUAUGGACGGCGAUAAUUGCUUGAUUGAACAAGUCCAGAAAGCACAUUUGCAGCAUACAAAAUUAGAAGAAUCACGUUUUGUUGGAGCGCCAGGUGUUCGAGGUCAUGAAGCACCUACGCCUGCAACAACAACAAUAGAAAUGCAUCAUGUACAGCCUUCUCCUUCUGUUUCUUCUUCCUCUAAUAAAUCAACAGGCAAAAGGCCUCCUCCCCCACCACCACCCAGCAAGAAAUAUCAUAGUUCUGUUAGAAACAGCAUGAAUGCUGCUCAUGCACCAGUCGCUUCACCAAUCAUACAGUCACCACAGCCUCCACCUGCCGUUGUCAAUAUACCCGUGCGUUCUACACCUAAUCAGCCUACUGAGACUGUUGAGGCCGUCAAUGUCUCUCCUCCUGUCUUGCCUCCCCGUCCUAUAGGAAGUCCAUUAAUGCCUCAACUGCCUCCCCGUCCUUCUCAAUCAACACUUGCCCGUGCUCAUACUAUCGCUUCUGCUCCUCACAGCAAGCACCCACUACAAGGAUCUUUUACUGACACUCCCUCUGAAUUGGAAGAUGAUCCUAGCCGUAUAAAACGAGCUAACACUGUCUUGAACAAACAAAGAGCCAUGUCUCGAACAGAACUGUUAAUGACAACAACAACAUGCCCAGAUUUCUCCCGAGCUACACGAAACGCACCAUUGAUUGUACUUGAGAAGCCAUUUUCAACAGGUCAUAAGAGUUCAUUGAGUGCGUUAGCCGUCACUCAAAACGUAUUAAUCACAGGUGCCAGUCUACUCCGAACAUGGGAUGCUCAUACAGGUACUGUCACUGGUACUGUUUUGACUGAGAAUGCUGCCAAUAAUAACAAUGGCAACUCUCAAAACCCAGAUAGUGGGGAUAAGGUACGUGCAAUUGCAGUGGCACCGAGUCGUGUUCCCGCAGAUGAAGGCCGAUAUAUUUGGGUAGCUCGGCAUGACAACUCAAUCUCUGUGGUCGAUAUCCGAAAUGGUGCCAACAAGAUUCUGAGUAAACGCCAUGAUGUUCAUAUGGCAUCUAUCAACUUUCUUCUGCGCUAUGGUAAUUCCGAGAUUUGGUCAAUUGAUGAAAGCGGUAUUCUGAAUGUCUGGGAUGUGAUUUCAGCAGAUUAUCAUGCACAACACAAUCCAUUGUUGACUGCCAUGCCAAGAAGAUACCAUGUCACUUCACAUGCUGUAGCUGCUACCAUCUAUGGAUCCAAGCUCUGGAUGUCUUCUGGACGUACAUUGGCUGCUCAUGCUAUUCCUGUAGCUGGUUCUCAACAAGGCAGUAAUGAUACAAAGUCGCAGACACCUGUGCGUAUACCAAACGAUUUAGGCAACAUCACAAAGCUGAUUACAAUUCCUUAUUAUCAUUCUCGUAUCUUUGCUUCUCAUGAUGACGGUAAGAUCAGUGUAUGGGAUGCUAAGACUAUGGAGCGUCUUCAGGUUAUUACGGUCUCCAUGUACGGCAUCUGCACUAUGGCUAGUGUAGGUGAAUAUCACGUAUGGGCGGGGUAUAAUACAGGCAUGAUUUAUGUCUAUGAUACUCGUCCCGAGAAAUGGGCUGUUCUCAAGAUGUGGAAGGCACAUACAGGGGCUGUAACUCAAUUAGUCGUGGAUGAAUCUAGUUUGAUAUUGGAUGAAAUCAAAGGUCGAUUGCAAGUCGUCAGUAGUGAUUCGAAUGGAUUUGUUGGUGUAUGGGACGGACUUUUGAUUGAACAUUGGAAAGAUGAACAUUUGCAAAAGAGAUCUAAGGAAUACUGUUCUUAUGAUGAUGCACGCGUCAUGAUUUGCUCUUGGAAUAUUGAUGCAAACAAACCUGAAAAGAUUGUUGGCCAAGACGACAAAGCAGUGCGUGAAUGGUUAGGCACAAUGGAAGAUCCCGAUAUUAUUGUUGUGGGCAUUCAAGAAAUUGUAGACCUCGAAUCAAAGAAACAAACAGCCCGCUCUUUAUUUGCGCGCAAAAAAGUAGAUCCAAACGAAACAGAGGAUGUAUUGACGCACAGAUACAAAUUAUGGCAUGAUUAUCUGAUCCGUAUUAUCAGUGAAAAUUAUGGUUACCACAAUUACACUGUCUUAAAGACAGAUCAAAUGGUUGGCCUGUUUAGUUGUAUUUUUGUCCGCACAUCGGAUCUAAACCGUGUGUUUGACGUGGACUCAACUUCUGUCAAGACAGGCUUAAAAGUCAUGAACAAGAGUAUUCAUGGUAACAAGGGCGGUAUUGCCAUUCGUUUUGUUUAUGAUCACUCUUCUCUUUGUUUUGUCAAUUGCCAUUUAGCAGCUGGUCAAAAUCAUAUGCAACAACGAAAUGCAGAUGCUGAAGGUAUCCUUCAAAGUGCUAGCUUCCCUCGUCAUGAUUAUGCUGAUGUAUUUGUGCAUGGUGGUGAUGGUUCUAUGAUACUUGAUCAUGAAUUUUGUUUCCUCAGUGGUGAUCUUAAUUACCGUAUUAAGAUGGCCAGAAAAGAUGUAUUGCGUGUCUUGACAAGCAACGACAAACAAACAGCAUGGAGCAAGCUACAAGAACAAGAUCAACUACUUCGACAAAGAAUCAACAAUCCUCUGUUCAAGUUACUCACAUUUGAAGAAGCACCUAUUCAAUUUGAUCCCACCUACAAAUAUGAUCCUGGCACUGAUUUCUAUGAUAGUUCAGAAAAGAAGCGUGUUCCUGCUUGGUGUGAUCGUGUAUUAUACAAAGGAAAAAAUAUCAAGAAUCUGUUUUAUCGCCGAUAUGAACCACGCUGUUCAGACCAUCGACCCAUUGCCGCUGGCUUUAGUUUCCAGACAAAGAUUACAGACCAAAAGAAGCGUGAUGUUUUGAUGAGUAAGAUUGAAGAAGAGUGGCGAGAACAAAUAGAUCGAUUUAUCAAGGACAAAAAGGCGAGAUAUGUAGCUGAUUAUGAGUUGUGUUCACUUAGUGAAGCCUUCAAUAGGCUAGAAAAGUCAGAUUGGGAUGUUAAUGAUGCUGUUAUUAAGCUACUGGGUAGCAUAUAACACUUGCUUAUACAAUAAAAUUUACGGAUUAUAAGAUAUUACGG